AUGACAACACCACGUCUGCCGACGGUAGAUGAUCUAUCCAAAAAUACGUUAUGUGAUAUUUUACCUUCGAAAGAUGGGAAGAAUACUAAUAUAUUGAUCUUACUUCAUGGAUUGGGAGAUACGAAAGAUGGGUUUACUCAACUUGCAAAGAAUCUCUCCCUUCCCCAAACUGCUUCCCUAAUCCCCCAAGCCCCAACCCCAAUUCCGGCCCUCAUAACUGGAUCCGAUACUCCUUCUUUCCACUGGGCUCGCGAUCUCGAAUUCGAUUCUACGACUGGUUCUCUUGAUCUUGAUGCUGAUUUGACACCUUCUAUUACACUCUUGACCUCUAUCAUCGAAGUGUUAAUAAAAACAUGUAAUUAUCCACCACGAAAUAUAUUUCUUUUCGGGUUUGGACAAGGAGGCAUGCUUGCACUUUCUACACUUGUGAAUGCUUCAUUCUUGGAUGGUAAUUUGGAUGGGAAUAAGGAGUUGGGAGGUGUGAUAUCAAUUGGUGGUCGACUUCCUGCAUCUUUUUCUCCGCCAUCAAAUUCAAAGUCGGAGGGAAAGGAGAAAGGGAAGGGAAAAGCUAAAACACCGGUACUAGUGGUGGGAGGGAAUAGAAAUACGGAAAUUACGAGGACGGCUUUGGAUAAGAUUAAGAGCACGUUUGCGGAUGUGGAAUAUGUGAAGUGGGAGAGGGAAGGGGAUGGGAUGAUGAGGGGGAGGGAGGAGGUAUUGCCGUUGAUGAGGUUUUGGGGGAGGAGGUUGAGGAUGGGGACACCAGAGGGUAUGAGUGAGAUUUGA